CAUUUCGGACGCAGUGAUAGUGAAUCCAACUUUACUCGUAAAACAAUAAAGUUCAUCUCAGCAGGUUGUUUUGGUUAAUCAUCCCCGUCACAACUUCCGGGUUCUGUUCUGUUCUGGUUUCCAUGACAACCAGCGUCAACAACAUGGCUGCGCGUCGAGAAAGAGAGCAGAAGAAUCAGGAUUCCCGGUUCCUCCAGUGGGGGAUUCUGUCCCACCAACAGAUACAGGACCUGCAGCAGAACCAGGACCAGCUUCACCAUCUGAUCCAGAACUACACACUCUAUGAGGUUUUCUUCAGAACCCCCAGAGAGGAGACGCUGGCCGGUCUGGAGAGAACCAUCGAGGUCUUCGGAGACGCCAUGCAACCCCUGGUGGAGGGGACCUGCACCUACCUGGACCCCCAGGAACCACCAGGGACCCUCGGAGACCCCCAUGGACCCUUGGAGACCCUUGGAGACCCCCAGGAACCACCAGGGACCCUCGGAGACCCCCAUGGACCCUUGGAGACCCCCAGAGACCCCCAGGAACCACCAGUCUCCCCAAUCGACCCCCAGGAACCACCGGGGACCUCCGGGGACCACCAGGACCCCCAAUGACCCCCAAUGGCCCCUAGUAACCCCCAUGAUGCAGAAAUCCUGGUCCACAUGUCUCAGUUGUGUGUAACAGUAACGAACCGUUUUAAUGAAUUUGUUGGAG